CAUAACAACUCCGGCUGUAGAAAGUCAGAAAGAAAGAGGAACUGGACCGUUGGAGGACUGAUGUGAUGAAAUAAUUUAAUAUCUGUAUAAUUUAGGGCUAAUUUGAGCAGAGAUGGAGUCACGGACACGUUUAAAGGGGUGUUUUGUUUCGCGGAAUGAUUGAUGUUUGUCAAUGGGGAAUUUCUCGAAGGCCUCGGACAUCUGAUUCAUUCACAUCAUCAGACAUCAAAUAUUUAUUCAAAUAUCUGGGAUAUUUUUUUAAUAACUUAAAUCUCGGAGAUGAAGCGGGUGAAUAGUUUCCAGAGGUUUAUGAACAGCCGGGCGGCUGCAAACUGCCGUUAUCAGCCCACAUGUUAUGAACACGCGGCGAACUGCUACACCCAUGCGUUCUUGAUAGUGCCAGCAUUUGUGGGCGUGGCGCUGUUACACCGGCUGUCAGAUGACCGCUGGGAGCGAAUCACGGCAUGGGUGUACGGCAUGGGUCUGAUCGCCCUGUUCCUCUUCUCAACGGUCUUUCACAUCAUUUCAUGGAAGAAGGGCCACAUGAGGUCUAUGGAGAACUGCUUCCACAUGUGUGACCGAGUCGUCAUAUACUUCUUUAUUGCUGCCUCAUAUACUCCAUGGUUGAAUCUACGCGAGCUCGGGCCGUUCGCUGCUCACAUGCGCUGGUUUGUUUGGCUGAUGGCGGCAGCGGGAACCAUCUACGUGUUUAACUACCACGAAAAGUAUAAGUUGGUGGAGUUGGCAUUUUAUCUGACCAUGGGCUUUUUUCCCGCACUUGUGGUGACAUCAAUGAAUAACACAGACGGGUUGUACGAGCUGGCGUUCGGAGGCUUCAUCUACUGCCUGGGCGUCGUCUUCUUCAAAUCGGACGGUGUCAUUCCAUUCGCUCACGCGAUCUGGCACGUGUUCGUUGCGCUGGCUGCUGCCAUCCACUACUAUGCCAUCUGGAAAUACCUCUACCGCAGCCCCACAGCAGAGGAGAUCAGGGAUGCUUGAGCACUU